AUGAUAUAUAAACAGUACGACGAGAUAAAUGGUGUCGGACGGACGAACAACUGUCAGUGUAGCUUCUGGACAGUCAAGACUUAUAUCCAGUUUGUUUCAAAUCAGUUGAUCUCAUUAAAGUUGGGGAAGGUCUUGACAAUGCUCGUUCAAGCUUCGUUGCUUGUGCUGAUUGCUGCCUGCUAUGGAAUGCGUGAUCAGUCCUACGCAAUAAGAGGAAAACUUAUGUGCGGAGCAAAGCCAGCAGCAAAUGUCAGAGUGAAGUUGUGGGAAGAGGAUUCCGGUCCGGACCCCGACGAUCUACUUGAAGCUGGCUAUACAGACGCAAACGGUGAAUUCAGUUUGAGUGGAACAGAAUUUGAGACGACUCCAAUCGAUCCUGUAUUCAAGGUCUACCACAGCUGUGACGACAAGUUCAAGCCUGGAAAACGCAAGGUUAAAUUCCUUCUGCCCAAAUCGUAUAUCACCCAAGGAAAAGUUCCAAAGAAGGUAUUUGACAUAGGCGUUCUCAAUCUGGAGACAAUCUUUCCCAAAGAAGAGCGCGAAUUUAUAGUGACAAGAAGACGUAGGGACAAGCAGGAGAUGUCAGACGACUCUGAUUCGUUCGACUACUACUCCCGCGUAAGGCAGAGGGAGGAAGUGAUGUUUGGAGAACAGAUUUUGCUAUUGCUCGCUAGCGUUGUAGUUCUGCAAGCUUUACUACAUCAAUCCCUUUCAAUCCGUGGUGUUCUUCGGUGUAGGAGUAUCCCGCUAGCGAACAAGGGAGUGCAAUUAUAUGAAAAAAGAUCAGCAAUACUUGGGAAUGCGUUGAUAGUUGGGAACAGGACUGACGAGAAUGGGGAAUUCUACCUAAAUGGAUCAACUUCUAGGUUGCUGCCUAUUUCUCCCCUCCUACAUAUUGACAGUGAUUGCAAAGGACAGUCGCAUGAUGUCAAACUACCUAGUUUGAAACCACAAGUGACGAGGGGUAAAGUGGCAAAGCACACCAUAGAUAUCGGAGUAAUCAACCUGCUUUGAUAUUGCAAGCUUCGGAAGGUUGAUGGAUGGGAUCAUCUCAAGGAUGUGAUAUAUUUCUGUAAAUUAUGUGAA